AUGCCUUCCCCAUCACCAAGAGGAUAUACAUCGUUUCCAUCGUCGGCGGACCUCUUCUACUUUUGCACAACCUCCUCAACAUCUGAAGAGGACUUGAACAUCCACUAUGCGCCGCCAUCAAAGUCCUCGAUGAAGAUCGGUGUGCUGAUUUUCGGCAAUGAUCAGAUUCAAAUGAUGGAUCUUGCCGUUGUCGACCUUCUGGCAAAGAUUGGACGGAAUGGACUCAGCCGACUGAAUGCGCCGACUGCAGCUCAAGACGAAGCAGUCGAUGAGCUCGAUAUUCGUUAUGUCAACGAGAGCGGAGAGGGAUCGUUCGCAAUCACCUCUGGCGCUCGAAUGCCAGUGACGAAUUCCUUUGGCGAUGCACCGCAGUUCGACAUUCUCAUAAUUCCUGGUUCCUUCUCCGCGAGCGAGCUACCAGUCUCCGCUAUCACAUUGCUUACGACUCAAGUGUCCAGUCCAGAAAUGAUCGCAAUCUUUUGCGUUUCGUCUGGGAUUCUCAGGCUAGCUCAGUCAGGGAUCCUCUACCGGAAGCGAGCAACAGGACCACCCAGUCUGAUCCGAACACUUCGACAAAGAUACCCCGAAACGAUUUGGGAGAAUAUGCCAUGGGCGCGACAUGACCAUCUCUGGAGCAGCACUUCAGCAAUCUCAGCACUUGACAUGGUAGCAGCAUGGAUGCGAGAGUACUUCUGGGACCGCCAAGAGGCUCUACAAUAUUCCCUAACAGCCGCGGGCAUUGCUCCACUUGACCAUGACGAAGAAUGA